UGGCGAUAGAGGAGGAGGAGAGAGAAUGAAUAUGUCCUGUUCUCUGUUUAGCCUAUAAAUAUUGAAAGAAGACGCAUUUGUUUCGAAAUAAACAGAGCUCCUUCAGUUCUCGCUUCAGCUCUACUGUUGGGCAGCGUUUUUUUAAUCAGUUACAAGAGAUAAAGAGAAAGAGAGACAAACUGAUGGAUAGCUAUUCGAUUCAUUUAGCCAUGGCGGCUCUGGUUGGAGCCUCGCUGGUGGCAGUAUCCGCGUAUUAUAUGCACCGGAAAACCCUAACUCAGUUGCUGGAGUUUGCCAAGACUGUGGAGAGAGAAAGAGAUAGGGAAAGGGACGAUAACUCGGACGGAGACUCUCCGCAGCAUUUGAAGAAGCGCCGUAGCCAUAGUCGGAGGAAGGGAAACGGCUACUACCGCCGUGUCUCUAAUUCGUUGCCGGAUGUGAUGGCCAUAUCUGGUGGCGAUGGUGGAGUCGACGGUGAGCAGAAGCGGAAUGGCCCGCUGCACGUAGACGGUAUUCCUCCAGGAUUACCGAGGCUACAUACGCUACCUCAAGGGAAAGCUGCAGGCCAGGCCAGGAGAACUGGAAGUCUUCUUAGACCAACAUCUCCAAAAUCUCCUGUUGCUAGUGCUAGCGCCUUUGAGAGCAUGGAUGGAUCAGAUGAAGAAGAUAAUAUGACCGACAACUCUAAGCUAGACGCUACGUAUCUGCACACUAAUGGAAAUGCUGGCCCUGAGGUUAAAGGCCUAUUUGAAAAUUUACCAGCAAAUAUUAAUGCCAAUGGAGAGCAAAUGCCUAUGCCUGCUUCAAGCAUGAUUCGGUCCCAUAGUGUAUCUGGUGACUUGCAUGGUGUUCAACCUGAUCCUAUUGCUGCAGAUAUUCUAAGAAAAGAGCCGGAACAAGAAACGUUUGCUCGGCUUAAAAUAAGCCCUACUGAGGUGCCGUCUCCUGAUGAAGUGGAGUCCUAUAUAGUUCUUCAAGAAUGCCUUGAAAUGCGAAAAAGAUAUGUGUUUAAGGAAGCUAUCGCUCCAUGGGAGAAAGAAGUUAUUUCUGACCCCAGUACACCAAAGCCUAAUCCAGAACCAUUCUUCUAUGCUCCAGAGGGGAAGUCUGAUCAUUAUUUUGAGAUGCAAGAUGGGGUUAUUCACGUGUAUCCAGAUAACGAUUCCAAGGAAGAGCUCUUUCCUGUUGCUGAUGCAACAACCUUCUUCACCGAUUUGCAUCACAUACUUCGAGUUAUUGCAGCUGGGAAUAUCAGAACUUUAUGCCAUCAUCGGCUGAAUCUUCUAGAACAAAAGUUCAAUCUUCAUUUGAUGCUUAAUGCGGAUAGGGAGUUCCUUGCUCAGAAAAGUGCUCCUCAUCGUGACUUUUAUAAUGUGAGGAAAGUUGACACACAUGUUCAUCAUUCAGCAUGCAUGAACCAGAAACAUCUUUUAAGGUUUAUAAAGUCAAAAUUGAGGAAAGAGCCUGAUGAGGUUGUGAUAUUUCGGGAUGGGACAUACUUGACUUUGAAGGAAGUUUUUGAGAGCUUGGAUUUGACAGGGUAUGACCUUAGUGUUGACCUUUUGGAUGUUCAUGCUGACAAGAGCACGUUUCACCGUUUUGAUAAGUUCAACCUUAAGUACAAUCCAUGUGGCCAGAGUAGGCUCAGGGAGAUUUUUCUGAAGCAGGAUAAUCUUAUCCAAGGUCGUUUCCUUGCUGAGCUGACCAAGCAGGUGUUCUCUGAUCUUUCUUCAAGUAAAUAUCAGAUGGCUGAAUAUCGAAUAUCUAUAUAUGGUCGGAAGCAAAGUGAAUGGGACCAAUUGGCCAGCUGGAUAGUGAAUAAUGAAUUGUACAGUGAGAAUGUUGUUUGGUUAAUUCAGCUGCCAAGACUUUACAAUGUGUACAAGGAAAUGGGUAUUGUGACAUCAUUUCAGAACAUUCUGGACAAUAUCUUUAUUCCACUCUUUGAGGUUACUGUGGAUCCAGAUUCUCAUCCUCAGUUGCACGUUUUCUUGAAGCAGGUUGUUGGAUUGGAUUUGGUUGAUGAUGAAAGCAAGCCUGAAAGACGCCCCACAAAGCACAUGCCUACACCAGCUCAGUGGACAAAUGUGUUCAAUCCUGCAUUUUCAUAUUAUGUGUAUUACUGUUAUGCCAACCUGUACACAUUAAACAAGCUUCGUGAAUCAAAGGGCAUGACAACCAUCAAAUUCCGACCACAUUCUGGAGAGGCUGGUGACAUUGACCAUCUUGCUGCAACAUUUCUUACGGCUCAUAACAUUGCUCACGGUAUCAAUUUGAGAAAAUCUCCCGUACUUCAGUAUUUGUACUAUCUAGCACAGAUUGGUCUGGCAAUGUCCCCUCUGAGCAACAAUUCCUUAUUUUUGGACUAUCAUCGGAAUCCAUUUCCCAUGUUUUUCCUACGGGGUCUCAAUGUUUCCCUUUCAACAGAUGAUCCACUGCAAAUCCACCUGACAAAAGAACCUUUGGUGGAAGAGUAUAGCAUAGCUGCUUCUGUAUGGAAGUUAAGUUCAUGUGAUCUGUGUGAGAUAGCACGGAAUUCAGUCUACCAGUCAGGCUUCUCACAUGCUUUAAAGUCGCACUGGAUUGGGAAAGAGUACUACAGGAGAGGUCCAGAUGGAAAUGACAUUCACAGGACAAAUGUGCCUCAUAUCCGCGUGGAGUUUCGUGAUACGAUAUGGAGAGAGGAGAUGCAACAGGUGUAUCUUGGAAAGGCCAUUAUCCCCGAGGAAGUGGAGAAAUAAAUUAGUGAAGAAUUGCUGUUAAUCCAUCCUUAGAUGAGAUUAUAUGCAACUCUAAAGGAAGGGAAGAACUUCUACUUGCUCGUUAGAAUUUUGAGAAGGGCAGUAUACUCCUGAUCAUGCUAACUAAAAUGGCAUGGUUGAAUCGAUGCCAAGAUAUGGAAGUUACAUUGUUGGAGCACAAGUCUUGUACCUGAUAAAAUUGCUGACUUCUGGAUCUUCAGCAUCUCAGAUAACAUCUGGUUUAGCAAGAUGCUAACCGUCGACUAACUAAAAUAACUAAAUGUGAUCGUGUUAGAUGUAGCUUAAGAUAGAAAUAAUAUUAUACUAGCAUAGGAUAGAAUUAUGUUUGGUUGGAAUAUAAUGGACAAUGAAAUUCACAGCCGCAAGAGAGAUGUAAUCGAUGCAGUUUUGUAUUUCAGAUGAAAGCUUCAUCAAAUUUUGAUUGAAUUUCAUAGUAUUUAAUGUGAAUCUGGCUGGUCAUAAGUAUGAGUAAAAAUUUUGAAUUUGUGCCCGUUUUAGCGGAGAAA